UUGGCCCUACAAUACAAUGUCCAGGGCAACUUACAAGAUCUGCUUCUGUAUGAGAAGAAUUUUCAAGGUCAGGUUCCGUGAGACUCCAGAAGCCAUUGAGAAAUUGUUCCACAAAUACAAAUCAGAAAAUGAGUUUAUGUCCAUUGAUGAUAUCCAUAGAUUUCUGGUUGAGGUUCAGGGAGAAAGGGAUGAUGCAGAAAAAAAGGAGAAAGCACAGGAAAUCUUCGAUAAAUUUAGACACCAUGUUUUCCACCGUAAAGGUCUGAAUCUUGACGCUUUUUCUUCUUAUCUCCUCAGUGAUGACAAUUCUCCUCUCCUUCCUCCGCAGGUGCAUCAUCCGAUGGACAAACCAUUGGCUCAUUAUUUCAUGUACACAGGCCACAAUUCAUACUUGACAGGAAAUCAAUUCUGCAGUAGAAGCAGUACUGAACCCAUUAUAAAAGCUCUAAGAAGUGGUGUAAGAGUUAUUGAGCUUGACCUGUGGCCAAAUGCUGCAGGAGAUAAGGCUGAAGUCCGCCAUGGCGGGACACUGACUUCUCCAGUGGCUCUCCAGAAAUGUUUGAAUGCUAUUAAAGAUCAUGCCUUCGAGAUUUCGAAAUAUCCAGUUGUGAUAACCUUUGAAGAUCACUUAACUCGAGAUCUUCAGGCUUCUGUGGCAAAGCUGGUGGCCAAAACAUUUAGAGACAUGCUCUUUUGCCCAGGAACCGACAAUAUGAAAGAAUUCCCUUCACCCGAAUCAUUGACAGGGAAGACAAUGAUUUCUACAAAACCACCAAAAGAGUAUCUUGAAACUCAGGACACAAAAGAGAAAAGGGUCACGCAAAGGAUGAAAUAUACAACGGAUGAAGAAUUUCCAGGAGAUUUGAAGGCCCAAGAUUUGGCAAUAGAAGAAGCACACAUGCCUGACGAAGAUGAGGAUGCUGCUGCUCCUGAAUACAGGCAUUUAAUUGCCAUUCAUGCCGGGAAACUGAAAGGGGGAUUACAAAACUGGCUCAAAGAUAAUCCGAAUAAAGUUAGGCGCCUCAGCUUAAGCGAGCAGGAGCUUGAGAGUGCAAAAACAAUACAUGGAAGUGAGAUAGUAAGGUUUACUCAGCGUAAUUUUCUGAGGAUAUAUCCAAAGGGUACAAGACUGGAUUCAUCUAAUUACAAUCCCUUUAUUGGUUGGAUACAUGGAGCUCAAAUGGUGGCAUUUAAUAUGCAAGGAUAUGGGAAGUAUCUCUGGAUGAUGCAAGGAAUGUUCAAGGCAAAUGGUGGCUGUGGCUAUGUGAAAAAACCUGAUUUUUUAGUGUCAGUUGGUCCCAAUAAUGAGGUCUUUGAUCCGACUAAAACGUUACCAGUUAAGAAACUUUUGAAGGUGAGAAUCAUCUUGGGGAAAGGAUGGGAUGUGGAUUUUUCUUGGACACACUUUGAUCGAUUCUCACCACCAGACUUCUUUGUAAGGGUUGGAAUCGCUGGAGUUUCAACUGAUGCAGUUAUGAAGUACACAAAAGUUAUUCAAGAUGAAUGGCUGCCAGUGUGGGAUGAGGAGUUUGAAUUUCCCCUUACAGUUCCUGAAUUGGCAUUGCUUCGUAUUGAAGUCAUUGAGUUUGACACUUCUAGAAAACAUGAUUUUGGGGGACAAACAUGUUUACCCAUAUCGGAGUUAAGAACUGGGGUAAGAGCUGUUAGAUUAUGCAAUCGGAAAGGAGAAGAAUAUAGUUCUGUGAGACUGCUUGUGCACUUUGGCUUUGUAAUUUUUUCUUAAAUGUUAUUGAGAUGGACUUCCAGAUUCUGCAUUUACUAUAUAUGUUCUUCCUCUGUGUUAUCUUAAACCUAAUUGAUAUAAAGCAUUUUGAUC